GUAGUAGCCACUACAUUUCGUGCGAAAUAAAAACAUCACAAAAUUAGAGAACAAAAACGCGUUAAAAUGAUAAUAAUUUUAUCAUACCAUAAUUUUUAAUUAAGCAGUAAUAUAUCUCAAAUACUGAUUUGCAAUCUUAUAUUAUUUGCUUCAACACUUAACAGUUAAUUAUCAACAUAAAAUAUUUUAAGAAUAUUUGAAUACAAUAAUAUUUUACUACAUACUCGUAGACACAAUCGUCUCUCUCGAUAAGUAUUAUCGUGUUUUUAUAUUUGUUAAUUUUAAAUAGUAAUCAGUGCUCGCUCAGUAGGUUAGGACUUAGGUAAUAUGGAUCAAAUAGGAGCUAGCCACAUAAGUUUGAGGCCUAUUCAUGAUGAGGAAGAAGAAGAGGAAAUUGAUAAUCUAGAAAAUUUAAUUGUUAGUUCCAAAUCUUUGAGCGCUUACGAACAGGAUUCUUUCAAAUGCCUAUUACCACAAAUCAUAGCUUCAAUUAUAGCAGCUUCAUUCGCUAUUGGAAAUGGGGUAUCCAUGUCUUAUUCUGCUAUCUUAAUUUCACAAUUGGAGGCACCAGAUAGUGGUUUUCAUGUAUCCAAAACUCAAAAUGCAUUUAUGGCUAGUAUAGUUCCGUUGAUGGGUCCCUUAGCAUCAAUACUCAGUGGUUUUUUAAUGGAUAAAUUUGGGCGAGUAAACGCUUUGAGACUCGCUAUUAUUCCUGGAAUUUUCGGAUGGUCCUCACUAGCACUAGCUCCCAAUUUCCAAGUAAUUAUGGUGGGUAGGAUUUUAACUGGUAUAGCCUCAACUUGUGCCUCAAAUCCUAUUCUGGUUUAUAUAACAGAAAUAGCACAUCCUAAAAUGAGGAUGUCGUUUAUGCAGAUGAUUCCAUCAUAUGUUUCUUUAGGUAUGAUUAUCACAUAUUUUGGAGGGUCUUAUGUAAAUUGGAGAACUAUAGCUUGGUUGACGAAUGGUUUUCUAAUUGUAUCUUUGAUCGCUAGCAGCGUUAUACGCGAAAGUCCAUUGUGGUUGAUUUAUAAAGGAAAAUUGAAAGAAGCCAAAAAGUCUCUUACCUGGUUUCAUAAAUAUCAACCCAAUCCACUGGGAAAAAAAGAAACAUAUGCAGAACUCGAGUUCAAGGCUCUUAAAAAGAAACAAGACGAAAAAGAUGUGUUGAGAAAAGAAAAAAAAAGUGUCAAAGAUAUUAUUAGAGAGUUUAGGAAGCCGACUGGAUACAGACCUGUAUUAAUAAUGAUCCCUUUAUUUUUCUUCCAACAAUUUUCUGGAAUUUAUGUUACAAUGUUUUAUGCAAUCACAUUUAUUCAAGAUUCGGGUUCAAACAUAAAUGCAUAUUUUGCUUCAUCUUUCAUUGGAUUAAUACGUUUGGUGAUGGCUAUAUUCAAUGUUUUCAUAUUAAGAUACAUAAACCGAAGAACAGCUAUUAUGGUAAGCGGCGUGGGAAUGGCUAUAUUCAUAUUUAUUAGUGGACUCUAUACUCAGUGGAAUGAAGAAGGUGUUACAACUGCGAGUUGGAUACCAGUGGCAGCUAUUUUAAUGUACGUUGUAUGUUCAGUAACCGGACUAAUGUUUCUUCCCAGUAUGGUAACACCUGAACUGUUUCCAAUAGAAAUAAGAGGAGUGGGUUACACUAUAGGCUACAGUAUCACUAUGCUUCUUAUGUUUGGCUCAUUACAAAGCUACUACUACCUCAAAGAAGUAUUAGGAGGACCUAGUCAUUUGCAAUGGUUUUACGCAAUAAUGUGCUUGGCUGCGUGCGUUUACACCUUCAUUUUCCUCCCAGAAACUAGAGGUAAGAAACUCAGCGAGAUAUCGGAGUAUUUCAAUGAGGGGUGGACGUAUAUAGGUAGAAGUCACAAGAAGGACAAGAAUCUUCGAAAAACGAAGACAAUAGUAGGAUAAUUUAUAUGUCUUUAGUUGUAAAAAUGUAAAUAAUUUAUUUAUUUUUGCAUCUUUUUGAAUCGACUGAGUAGAUUUAAAACUAUAUGUUAUGCUUAAGAAUGAAGCUGUAUAAACGUAUAUACAAUUGUUAUUUGAAAUUCUUAUACGUUGUUGAAUUAUAUUCAAAAUGAAUGAUAUACAAAAAUAUGUUGCAUAA